AGCGUGAUUGGUAAUAGAUAUCGUACUCAACAAAAAAUAAUUUAGUAGCGGUGACGUGCACCUACUCAAGUGUACUAGGCGUUGAGUCCGGCUAGCUUAUCGCUUUGCAGCAUGACGAAAUCGAUAGUUAGGGCCGUUGUCUCUUAGAUUGGUUUCGGAGCCUUUUUCGAGAGAGAGUUGUCCUUCACCGUUGUUCGAUACCGGGCUUUGCGCAUUUCGAACCACUUUCUUCUGCCAUCAUUCGUUGAGUAAUUGUCCCAAUUACGUACUGCACUCAUCUUCAACGACUUCGGCCUCUAGGCUCGUAAUUCAUAAUGUUGUGGGGUUCCAGCCUCCAAAAUGCGCGCGACCAGGACGACAGGCGGAAUCCAUGGCACAAUGAGGCCGAGUAUCUUCAAGACGGAAGAGAACGGGUAGAGCGAACAAGUGCGGAUGAGAGCAGCGACAGCCCUGAAGAUACUGGCAGGACGGGGACUUGGGGCGAAUCCGACGCUGGCCGAUUUGACUCUCGCACAGCAGCGGAAGAUCUUCACGUACUACGAGAAGAACUUACAACACUGUCUAGGGCGCGAUCACAUACGGAGCAUUCGGAACGACAAGACGGGCUUUUCGGGACGCUCAGCAGAAAGUCCACGCGUCAUAGCCAUGGUACGCGACGUCGGAGCUCGGUUGCACAAGCGCACAGCAACGACGCGACCGUUGCAGAUGAAGAGAAGGAAGGUGAAGGCGGUGCGACUGCGGAAAACGAAGACGAUUUUGAGCUUGGCGAGUUUAUGAAAGAAGGCUACUUUGAGAAGAGGCAGGAUGGCAAAUCGGCAAAGAGAGUAGGUGUUGUGUACAAAGGGCUCACCGUGAAGGGUGCCGGAUCAACAGCAACUUUCGCCAAAACAGUCCCCGACGCAAUUAUAGGCACAUUCGGCCCCGAUCUUUAUCGCCUCAUCACGCGUUUUAUUCCCGCGUUGCGGUUCGGACGGCAUCAACAAACUCGGACUCUCAUCAACGACUUUUCCGGUCUGCUCAAAGACGGCGAGAUGAUGCUGGUUCUGGGACGGCCAGGAUCAGGAUGCUCAACCUUCCUGAAAGCCAUAUCGAAUAGCCGGGAAAGCUAUGCAUCAGUGGAAGGAGAUGUUUCAUAUGGCGGUAUUCCGGCUGGGAAGCAGAAGAAGCAGUUUCGUGGCGAAGUCAAUUACAACGAAGAAGACGAUGUACACUUUGCGAAUCUCAACGUCUGGCAGACCUUGUCUUUUGCGUUAACCAACAAGACCCGAAAGCACAAAAAAGGGGAAAUACCGAUUGUCCUUGACGCGUUGUUGAGGAUGUUUGGCAUUCAGCACACGAAGUACACCCCAGUCGGCGAUGAAUAUGUUAGGGGUGUUAGUGGCGGAGAGAGAAAGCGUGUGUCGAUCGCUGAAACACUUGCGUCCAAAUCAACAGUUGUCUGCUGGGAUAACAGUACACGAGGUCUCGAUGCCUCUACUGCCCUUGACUACGCCAAGUCUCUUCGCAUCAUGACUGACAUCAGUAACCGAACAACCUUUGUCACCCUGUAUCAAGCAGGUGAGGGGAUAUACGAGGUGAUGGACAAAGUCAUGGUUAUCGACCAAGGACGCUGCAUUUACGAAGGCCCUGCGAAAGCGGCUAAGCAAUACUUUCUCGAUCUAGGAUUCUAUUGUCCUGACCGACAGACAACUGCAGACUUUCUGACCGCCGUAACCGAUCCGACCGAGAGACAAUUCCGCGAAGGCUUUGAAGACCGAGCCCCGAAGACACCCGAAGACCUGCAGAAGGCUUUCAGGGGAUCGGAAGCUUACAAGACGGUUAUCAGAAAUAUCAGCCAGUAUGAGGAUGAGCUAAAGAGGUCUGACUACAGUGACGCGAAAGAUUUCAAAGGCGCCGUCCACGAGGGCAAGAGCAAGACGGUGUCGAAGAAGUCGCCGUUUACUGUCUCUUUUAUUCGCCAAGUCCUGGCGUGCACAAAACGAGAAUUUUGGCUGACGUGGGGUGACAAGACUACACUCUAUACCAAGUUCUUCAUCAUCAUCUCGAACGGUCUGAUUGUGGGGUCUUUGUUUUAUGGCCAGCCUCUCGACACAUCGGGAGCCUUCACGAGAGGAGGUUCAGCAUUCUUCUCCAUUCUGUUCCUGGGUUGGCUCCAGCUCUCCGAGCUUAUGAAGGCUGUUUCGGGUAGGGAGGUCGUCAAGAGACAUAACGAUUACGCAUUCUAUCGGCCAAGUGCUGUCAGCCUUGCGAGAGUGGUGCAAGAUAUCCCACUGCUUCUGGCGCAAGUGAUACCCUUCUCGAUAAUCAUGUACUUCAUGACUGGCCUCGAUCUAGACGCUGGGAAGUUCUUCAUCUACUUCCUGUUCAUCUAUACAACCACAUUCUGUAUCACAUCGCUUUAUCGAAUGUUUGCUUCGUUGUCUCCGACGAUCGAUGACGCGGUACGGUUCGCAGGCCUUGCGCUCAACAUCCUCAUCAUCUUCACUGGCUAUGUCAUCCCGAAACCACAACUCCUCGGUAAGUACAUUUGGUUUGGAUGGCUUUUCCAUGUAAACCCUGUUGCGUACUCAUUCGAGGCGGUUCUUUCCAACGAGUUCUCGGGUCGUGUCAUGGAAUGCUCUCCUUCUCAGCUGGUUCCGCAGGGACCAAACGUUCAACCAGAGUACCAAGGCUGUAGCUUGACUGGUGGUCAGCCCAACACGGCAACUGUUGAUGGAGCUGCCUAUAUCCAGACGUCUUUCGAGUACACAAGAUCUCAUUUGUGGCGAAACUGGGGUGUGGUCAUCGCAUUUGCGGUGUUGUAUCUCCUUAUCACGAUUUUCGCGACAGAGGUGUUCUCAUUCGCCAAGUCGGGAGGUGGAGCCUUAGUGUUCAAAAAGUCAAAGAACGGUAAGAAAGCCCUCAAGGAAGAGUCUACGGAUGAAGAGAAGGUGAUUGCUGGAGAAACGAGUGGAACCACGCCCGGAACUGGGUCUGGAAACACUGCCCAAGAGGACGAGGCUUUGUCGUCAAUCUCAAGCAGCGACAGUGUCUUCACGUGGAAGGACGUUGAAUACACUGUUCCCUACCAAGGCGGCGAGCGCAAACUUCUGAACAAAGUCAACGGUUACGCCAAGCCAGGUGUCAUGAUUGCAUUGGUUGGCGCUUCGGGCGCUGGAAAGUCUACCCUUUUGAAUACGCUUUCGCAGCGCCAAAACACCGGUGUGGUCUCUGGCGAGAUGCUUGUUGAUGGAAAAGACCUUGGAAAGGCGUUCCAGCGCGGUACAGGUUUCUGCGAGCAAAUGGAUCUGCACGACGGUACGGCGACUAUAAGAGAAGCUUUCGAGUUUUCUGCGAUCCUCCGGCAAGACAACAAGAUCCCGCGGAAAGAGAAGCUUGAAUACGUCGACAAAAUCAUCGAUCUUCUGGAACUUCAUGACGUCCAAGAUGCGUUAGUGUCAAGCCUAGGCGUCGAGCAGAAGAAGCGCGUGACGAUCGGCGUCGAACUUGCCGCAAAGCCGUCUCUACUCCUGUUCCUCGAUGAGCCAACCAGCGGCCUGGACAGCAACUCCGCUUAUUCCAUCGUCACCUUCUUGAAGAAGCUAGCAGCAGCGGGUCAAGCUAUUGUCUGCACCAUACACCAACCGAGCAGUGUUCUUAUUCAGCAGUUUGACAUGAUCCUUGCCCUCAAUCCCGGUGGUAACACAUUCUACUUCGGACCAGUUGGCGAAAAUGGUAAGGAUGUGAUCAAAUACUUUGGUGAUCGAGGUGUUCAAUGCCCACCUAGCAAGAACGUUGCCGAGUUCAUUCUUGAGACGGCUGCCAAACCUGUGAAGCGCAAGGACGGAAGCCGAAUUAACUGGAAUGAGGAAUGGCAGAAAUCGGAUGACAACAAAGCAAUGCUUGAAGAGAUCGACCGCCUGAAGAGCGAGCGUAGCCAGAAGGUCUCCGACGAGAACAGUACGGAAGAAGAGUUUGAGUUCGCUGCCCCUGUUUGGCUUCAGACUACUAUGCUUACUAAACGAACAUUUGUCCAGCAUUGGCGAGACCCUUCUUACGUCUAUGGUAAAUUGUUCACCGCUGUCAUCAUCGGCAUCUUCAACGGCUUCACGUUCUAUCAACUCGGCAAUAGUAUUGGCGACAUGCAAAACAGGAUGUUCACUUCUUUCUUGAUCAUCCUGAUUCCGCCCACAAUCGUCAACGCUGUCGUUCCAAAGUUCUACCAGAACAUGGCCCUAUGGCAGGCCCGUGAACUUCCAUCUAGGAUCUACGGCUGGGUAGCAUUCACCACCGCUCAGGUUGUCGCCGAGAUUCCCAGUGCAAUUGUAAGCUCAGUACUCUACUGGUGUCUAUGGUACUUCCCAACCGGCCUCCCAACCGACAGCUCAACCGCUGGAUACACGUUCCUCAUGACCAUGCUCUUCUGGUUGUUCAUCAGUAGCUGGGGCCAGUGGAUCUGCGCAUUCGCGCCAUCCUUUACCGUCAUCAGCAACGUGUUGCCCUUCUUCUUCGUCAUGUUCUCGUUGUUCAACGGCGUCGUCAGACCAUACGCGACUCUCCCUGUCUUCUGGCGCUACUGGAUGUACUACGUCAACCCUUCAACGUACUGGAUUGGUGGUGUACUUGCUGCCACCUUACAUGACAUCCCUGUGGAAUGCGCGUCCAUCGAGACCGCUCAGUUUGACGCUCCGCCAGGCCAGACAUGCUCAAGCUACGCCGGAGAUUUCCUCUCGCAAGCUCCGGGGUACUUACUUAACCCCAACGACACCACCUCAUGCAUGUACUGCCCUUACUCGACCGGAGACGAUUACUUGUCGUCGCUGAACAUCAGGGCUAGUGAAAAGUGGAGGGAUUUUGGUAUCUUUUUGGCGUUUUGUAUCAGUAACUGGGCGCUGGUAUACUUCUUUGUCUGGAGCGUAAGGAUCAAGGGGUGGAGCUUCGGGUUCGGCAAGCUCUUUGGAGCGUUCGCGAAGGUGGGUGGGAAGGUGAAGGGCAAGAGUCACGGGAAGAAGGACGGCGAAGCAAAGAGCGACGUGUAGAUCCAU